AUGGACCUCUCACAGGAUCUCAAUCGCAGCGUCGGCGCAGAAGUUCACGGUGUCCCAGACGGGACGCGCUGUGCGAAUUGUGGCACAACACGCACACCCCUCUGGCGACGCGCUCCGGAUAGCAGUACCAUCUGUAAUGCGUGUGGUCUCUACCAAAAAGCACGCAACACUGCACGCAGUACCCCUGCUCUAUCAACACAAACACCCACAAGUCUCGCUGCAUCGCCUGAUCCUCAACCACAGCCACAACAGCCGCAACAACAGCCAGCGACGCCAGAAGUCAAUAUGGAUACAUCGACCGUUGUGAGUUGUGCGAAUUGCACAACCACAACGACACCCCUCUGGCGACGCGAUGAAAGUGGCAAUACCAUCUGUAAUGCAUGUGGCCUGUAUCACAAACUUCAUGGUGUCCACAGACCAGGUCAUAUGAAGAAGAAUGUAAUUAAACGACGGAAACGG